GUGCUUUCGUGUGAGGAUGUUCAAAACCCCAAACGCUUCCACGCACUGUCAGUGACAUCACUGUCAUCAGUGUCGCUGGCAGACGGUGGUCAUUCUGCACCGCACGGUGGUGGCAGGGGGCUGGGAAGCACUCAAUUCCUGUCUGGGUGGGGGACCUUGGAGCUGCUGCUGCUGCCCGGCUGACGCAUUGCCAGCUAAAACGAGGUGUGUGGCCGCCAUGGAAGACUCUUCGCAAGGUGCUGCUCCCAACAAUGGUGCGAGCAGGCUCCAUGAAGGGGAACCGCCUGCUGCCCUAGAAGACAUGAGCCCAACUUUCAAGAGCCCCCCUGCCGUGUGCAGUAAGCUACUGGUGCAGUGCUACGAGUGCCGCAAGUGGCGGGCCGUGCCCACUGCAGAGCUGUACGAGGAGGUGCGCGAGAAGCUGACCCCAGAGACGCCCUGGCGCUGCGAACAGGCACGCGCCUGGCGAGCAGAUGCAUCGUGCGACAUGCCUCCAGAGUGGGAACCAGGCGGGAAUUUGAGAUGGGCAUACGACAAGCCGGGGCUCCCAAAAACUCCCCAAGGAUGGAAAAGAAAAGUGGUACUGAGGGGGGAAAAGGAGGAUGGCAGCCACAAAGGUUUUGCAGAUGUGUACUACUAUACUCCAGAAAACACCUGCAUUCGCUCACUUCAGCAGCUGGAAAGGUACCUGUCGGAGCAUCCAGAGCAGAACCUGUCGGUUGCUGCCUUCUCCUUUGCCCGCCCUUCCCCUACCCUGACUUCAGGAGCUGAUAAAAAGAUGAAACAGACAGCACAUGCACCCAAGGCUGCAACAAAGCGACAAAGCCCAACGGCGUCAUCCCCUUAUACUCAACCGCUACAACCCCCCUUAAAGCAAGCGCACACGGCAACAACUGAUGUAGCAUCAUCUGCGGCCCCAGAAGCUACGCCUUCUUUAGUGGACACGGCCACAGAAGAGAGCACACCAGCAAGCAAUGCUGGGGGCUAGAUAGCAGAUUCCUCUAGCUAGGGCCGGGAGGAAGUGAAGAAAAGUCCUGUCCCUUGCGGGGGCAACCGGAAGCUGUUGAGUGGUGCUCAGACCCCACCUUCCGGGUUGGGCUAGUUGGUGUAUGCUGACCUGCUUAUGUGCUGACGGCGCCCUGGUUGGGCACUCAAACAUAGCAAGAUUGCUUUUAAAAUCAGACCCGAAUCCUACUGUCCCUAACCUUGGCUAUACGAACAUGCGAUUAUGGUACAUACAGAGUGCAAUUUAUAAAAGUAGCGGAGCUUUUGAGAUUCUGCCCAGCCUGUCAUCUUUUUCUGAAUGGUUAUUGCUGUAUUGUUCCAGAAGCUAGAACGCCAGUUUAAGUGAACCGCACAUCUACGAGUGCUUGUACUGCUUGUGCAUGCUGCCCCAAAUGUCCA